AUGAGCUGCGUUAACCUUCCCACCGUGCUACUCAGCUCCCCCAGCAAAGUCUCGGGGCAAAUCCAGGUGAUCCUGGGACCUAUGUUCUCCGGGAAAAGCACAGAACUCAUGCGUAGAGUCCGACGAUUCCAGAUUGCCCAGUAUAAGUGCCUCGUGAUCAAGUAUGCCAAAGACACUCGAUACAGCAAAAGUUUCUCCACACAUGACCGGAACACUAUGGAAGCACUGCCAGCCUGCUUGCUUCGGGAUGUGGCACAGAAUGCCCUGGCUGUGACUGUCAUUGGAAUUGAUGAGGGACAGUUUAUAGUUUAA